CUCCCCUUUCCCGUGCCGCUGCCCUCCAAAACGCGAAUACGCUUUCUUUUGCUUCCGUCCCUUUCCCAUUCCUCCUCCGCCUCCUCGCCAUCCGCCGCGGCGCCGACCGGUCGAUCCCCUCCCCGCCGCCGCCAUGGGCCUCCUCUCGAACAGAAUCGGGAAGGAGAGCCUCAAGGCGGGGGAUCACAUCUACUCCUGGAGGGCCGCAUGGGUCUACGCGCAUCAUGGAAUAUAUGCAGGCGAUGAUAAGGUGAUCCAUUUUACUAGAGGAAGGGGCCAGGAGGUCGGAACAGGAACUUUCAUUGAUCUCCUCCUUGCGAGCUCUGGUCCUAAUACAAACAACAUUCCAUGUUCAAUAUGCAACAAUGAAGGUGCCACCAACAUGGAGACAAAUGGUGUGGUAUCCUCUUGCCUCAACUGCUUCCUGGCCGGGGGUGCCCUCUACCGUUUUGAGUAUGCUGUCAACCCAGCUCUUUUCCUUGCCAAAGCGCGAGGAGGGACGUGCACACUUGCCCCAACUGAUCCAGAUGAGGUAGUUGUCCGCCGUGCCAAUCACUUGCUCAGCAAUGGUUUCAGGUGCUACAACCUGUUCAAGAGCAACUGUGAGGACUUCGCGAUAUACUGCAAGACGGGCCUCCUUGUGGCAGAGCAAGGUGUUGUCGGGCAGAGUGGGCAGGCCAUCUCCAUCAUUGGUGGACCUCUUGCUGCGGUGAUUUCGACCCCAUUCCGCCUGGUGACGACGAAUGUCUAUGGAAUGGCGGUGAUGGCAGUAGGAGUGUAUUGUGCCAGCAGGUAUGCAGCUGACAUCGGUAACCGGCGGGAUGUGCUGAAAGUGGAAGUGGAGGACCUGACUGCUGGGCUGGCGAGUGGCAGGAUUCGUGCUGUGGAGAACAUCAGUCAGCUGGUUGCUCCGGCAGAAGCCCAAGGUCUGGUCGUAACCUCACCAGUUGCUGCUUAGGGUGCAACUCAGUCACACAAGACACAAAAACAUUACAUCGGGCUUCCGACUUUCUUCGGCAAAUAUGGAUGUUUCGUUGUUAAAUAUCGGUUGAAAUUGUACCAGAGUGAACCUCCCAUUCAGCAAUAGCUGUGUAAUCGGUGAAAAAUGUUUAUAAAUGUAACAUGUUUCUUCGAUAAACUGUUAUGUGUGGCCUGUCCACUGUUCUAUAUGUACGAACAUGGAAGAUUGGAGCUUAUAAGUCAUGAUUGUGGAGCUCUAUUUGUGGGACAAAAAA